AUGUUAGUCAUCAUGCCUUUCUUUCUAAUUUUUCUUUCUCCUUCAGUGCCUUUCUUUCUAAUUUUUCUGUCUCCUUCAGUGCCUUUCUUUCUACUUUUUCUGUCUCCUUCAGUGCCUUUCUUUCUACUUUUUUCUUUCUCCUUCAGUGCCUUUCUUUCUAAUUUUUCUUUCUCCUUCAGUGCCUUUCUUUCUAAUUUUUCUUUCUCCUUCAGUGCCUUUCUUUCUAAUUUUUUCUGUCUCGUUCAGUGCCUUUCUUUCUAUUUUUUCUGUCUCCUUCAGUGUCUUUCUUUCUACUUUUUUCUUUCUCCUUCAGUGCCUUUCUUUCUAAUUUUUCUUUCUCCUUCAGUGCCUUUCUUUCUAAUUUUUCUUUCUCCUUCAGUGCCUUUCUUUCUAAUUUUUUCUGUCUCCUUCAGUGCCUUUCUUUCUAAUUUUUCUUUCUCCUUCAGUGCCUUUCUUUCUAAUUUUUUCUGUCUCCUUCAGUGCCUUUCUUUCUACUUUUUCUGUCUCCUUCAGUGCCUUUCUUUCUACUUUUUUCUUUCUCCUUCAGUGCCUUUCUUUCUAAUUUUUCUUUCACCUUCAGUGCCUUUCUUUCUAAUUUUUCUGUCUCCUUCAGUGCCUUUCUUUCUAUUUUUUCUGUCUCCUUCAGUGUCUUUCUUUCUAAUUUUUUCUUUCUCCUUCAGUGCCUUUCUUUCUAAUUCUUCUUUCUCCUUCAGUGCCUUUCUUUCUAAUUUUUUCUGUCUCCUUCAGUGCCUUUCUUUCUACUUUUUCUUGUCUUUCUUUCUAAUUUUUUCUUUCUCCUUCAGUGCCUUUCUUUCUAAUUUUUUCUGUCUCCUUCAGUGCCUUUCUUUCUACUUUUUCUUUCUCCUUCAGUUCCUUUCUUUCUACUUUUUCUGUCUCCUUCAGUGCCUUUCUUUCUACUUUUUCUUGCGUUUUACUUUUUCUUUCUCCUUUCACGUCUAUUAUUUCUUUCUUUUCUUUCAUUUCUUUCAUUCUAUCUUCUUUUCACUAUCAAUAUUUUUAUAUUUCAUUUUCUCUUUCGCCAUAUUCCUUUUCUAUGGUUACAUAUUUUCUGUAUUUCAUUCUAUAGUUCUUUUCACUUUCUUUCUAUUAUCUUUUCACAUUUUUCAGUCUUUAAUUCUGUAUUUUAUUUUCCUUUUUAUACUUUCUCUCUUUUUCUGCCUCUUCUCUUUCAUUCUAUAUUUACCCUCUCUUUCUUACUGUUAUCUUUCUUUCUUUUUCAUUCUUCAUAUCCUUUUCUCCUUCUACCUGUUCUCGUUCUCUGUUUUUUUUUCUAUAUUUCCUCUCUCUCUUUCUACCUUUUCUUUUUCCCUGUAUUUUGCUAUAUAUUUCCUUUUUCUUUCUAAUUUUCAAACUCUCUUCCUUCCUCUUCUCUUUUACUGUUUUACCUUAUACAUUCCCUCUCUCUUUCUUAAUGACCUCUUUCUCUGUUUUUCAUUCUACAUUUUCUUUUCUCUUUUUCCAGUUCCGUUUCUCUGA